AAGGCGGGAGGACUGGAUGAAGGAGAGGCUCAGUUCGUUAGCUGCAACCGUCCCGGCCGCUGUGUGUGCAAGCGGUGCAGUAUCUAGACCCACUGAGACGCUCUACCAGCACGCACAAAAACACGCAUUGUUUUUAUUGUUUAUAAAUUUUAUUUUUGAUUACUUUUACAUUUACUAACACGCUGCCCUCACAUUUAACUUACCACUUAUCGUGAAUUAAUCUCAAUGUUCUGAUUAACUUUUUUUUUUCUCAUUUGCGGGAACUUUUGUCGCGUAACACUGUGAUAAUUUUGGAUUGGAAUUAUUAAUGCUUGUGACUCCAUUCCGCUGGAAAGGAAUAAUCAUUGCUCUACUAACAUCUACUGCCAAACCCACUCUCGAAAAUUCAGCGUCAUAAUGCCUGGGAAAAAUAAGGGUGGUGGUGGUGGUGGGCGACAAGUUGUAUCAAUACAAGUAGGGCAAGCUGGAGUGCAGAUUGGGCAGGCCUGUUGGGAACUGUAUUGCCUGGAACAUGGUCUUUUACCUGAUGGAGAGCUCUUUCAAGACAGUGAAAAGAAUGGUUCAUCCCUUGAUCCUUUUUUCUCUGAAACUCCAGAAGGAAAGUUUGUUCCUCGGACAGUCUUUGUGGAUUUAGAACCCACAGUUGUUGAUGAAAUUCAGCAUGGCCCUUAUCGGGAACUAUUCCAUCCUGAUGACCUGAUAACCUACAAAGAAGAUGCUGCCAACAAUUUUGCUCGUGGUCGAUACACUGUGGGGCAGGAAGUAAUUAAAAAAGUUGUUGACAGAAUCAGAAAACAAGCAGAAGCCUGUUCAGGACUACAGGGAUUUAUGUUCUUUCAUUCAUUUGGGGGAGGCACAGGCUCAGGCUUUAUGUCUCUGUUGUUGGAAAAGCUGUCUGAGCUCUACUCCAAUACAAGCAUAUUAAGAUUUGCAGUUUUUCCUUCACCUCGGAUGUCUACAUCAGUGGUAGAGCCCUACAACACUGUACUGCAUGCUUCUACAACAAUGGAAUAUGAUCACUGUGUUUUUGUAUUUGACAACGAGGCAACUUAUAACUUGUGCAUAAAUAAACUCAGAGUUGGACGUCCCAAUUAUAACAACCUAAACCAACAUGUUGCUCAAGUAGUUUCUGCUUCAACUGUAUCACUCCGGUUUGAUGGAGAUCUUAAUGUUGAUAUGAGGGACUACAAAACUAACUUAGUGCCAUUACCUCGCCUUCAUUUUCCCAUUGUUACGUACGCCCCUGUGAUAUCUGCAGACAAUGCUUAUCAUGAACAACAAUCAAUUGCUGACAUAACCAAUGCCUGUUUUGAUCCAUCUACUCAAAUGGCAACUUGUGACCCAGGAAAUGGUAGAUACAUGUCCUGCUGUUUAUUAUAUAGAGGUGAUAUUGUAGCUAAUGAUGUUCAGAGGGCUAUAUCCACCAUAAGAUUGAAGAAAACUGUGCAGUUUGUUGAUUGGUGUCCGACAGGAUUCAAGAUUGGUAUUAAUGGAGGUUACCCAUCUGUCGUACCAAGUGGAGACUUGGCAAAAACAAACAGGGCUGUGUGUAUGCUGGCAAACACAACAGCUUUGAGAGAAUCAUGGGCCAAGAUUAACCAUAAGUUUGACCUUAUGUACACUAAACGUGCCUUUGUCCAUUGGUAUGCUGGGGAGGGUUUGGAAGAUGGUGAACUGUCAGAAGCAAGAGAUAAUCUUGCUCAACUUGAGAGAGACUACCAUGAAGUUGAUGGUUUUGAUGAUGAUAAAAUUGAUGAUGAAUACUGAAUUUAUAUUUCCCUAGUUUACCGAAUAAUGUAGUUAUCUAUUGUGAUCUCUUGUAAAAUAAUUAUAAAGAAUUAAACAUA